UUUCCUAUUGCUUCAUGUGGUUCUCUCUCUCUUUUUUUGUAUCUGCUUUUGUGUAAAAUUUGUAAGCUUUUACUGGUUUGUUUGUGGAUGGUGGAUUUAAAGGUCCAGGCUUUAUGUGGGUUUGAUUCUGUUUCAUGUUCUGUGGUUGCAUGUGGUGUUUGAGAUGAUGAUGGUUUUGUUUUGGUUUUUGGUAAAGUCGUGGGUAGCUAGUGUUGGUUUCUGGCUUUUUUUGCUGUUCAAGUGUUCUGCUUUCUCCUUAUCUUUUGGUGUUGGGUGUUCCUUUUUCGCACCAUUUCAUUUUCUUUUGGCCAAUUUUCGGGCUUUGCUUUUGUCUGUUCAUGUUUUGGAUUCUUGCUCUCUGCUUGUGUUUUUGGGUUUUGAGGUCAAUGCUUUCCUCUGUGGGGAUGAGUAACUUGUUUGUUAUAGCUGAAAAAGAGGUUUUGUUCUUAUGGUGAUGUGAAUCAUGUGAUUGGGAUUGGUCUCGAAUUGUCGAGUCUCUUGUUGAUUGAUUUGUUUGCCUAGUUAGUCUUGCAUUGAUCUGUUCCUGUUUCCAUGAAAGACUUUGCUUUGAUUUAUGCCUACUGAUGUUGCAUGUAAUGGAAAGCUCCUCUUUACCUCUUAUUUUACUGAACUGUAACAAUGGCUAUGCAUGUAAAGUGUGAACUUCCAUUUAAAAUGUUUCUGAAACAGGAUUUCCAAGUUGUUUGCCGCAAAUCUUGUAUGUUAAGUUAUAGUGGUUACAAGACUGUUUUGGUAUAAAAGGGGCAUUAAGCUCUCAUGUUAUGGACACAUUGUUAGAGUUAGCAAUACCAACUCAUAACUUGGAAAAGAGAAUUUUCGAUCAAAGUUCCAUCCAGUCAAUGCCCCUUAAUGCUAAUUGCAUGUCGUGGAAUCCAAGUGAACGGCAAGUUUCUCCGCCUUUAUCGAAGGAUGUGAGCUUUAAAGUGGAACUUCCACCACAACUUCAUCAUGAUGCAAAGCAUUUAGGACUUCGAGUACAACCUGACCCCGGAUCAUGCACAACACAUUCAAUUAGUCAAUCUCAAGGUCAAUGCCUUUCAUCAGAAUCUGGUGAGGAUGAAACACGUGGUAAGGGUGUUGAAGGGACAAUGAAGCCAGCUUUCUUGAGUAAUCUAGAUCUCAUGCCGCAUCCUCCUCAAGUUGGUUACAGCAAUGUAGUGGGUCAAUUCCAUCCUUAUGCUGAUCCUUACUACGGUGGAUUCCUGACUGCGUAUGGACCACAAGCUAUGCCCCCCAUGGUUGGGAUGGCACCUCCUCGAGUUCCAUUGCCUCUCGAUCUUCAAGAAGAUGGACCCAUUUAUGUCAAUGCAAAACAGUACCAUGGAAUCCUCCGAAGGAGACAGUCACGUGCAAAGUUGGAAGCUCAAAACAAACUUCUAAAAGCUCGAAAGCCAUAUCUUCAUGAGUCUCGGCAUCAACAUGCACUGAACAGGGUAAGGGGUUCUGGUGGACGUUUUCUCAGCAAAAAAGAGCUCCAACAAUAUGAUCAGAACCCCACCAGUAGCUCCAAUGAUCAUGUUUCGGGGUCUAUCAACUUGCAUCAGAAGGAUACACCAGAGAGAGAAAGUCAUCACUCGGGAAGCAGUGAUCUAGUCACUUCUGUUGCAAGUCACUCGGGCAUAACAAGUGUUUCCGGUACCAAUGCUAUCUUUCGGCAGCCAGAUCGCAGGUUCUCAGGUGGCAUGUCUCCCCACAUGAGUGGAGCCAUGCAAUUCAGUGGGGGGCUUAUGGGCAGUGGAAAUCAGCACUGUGCUUCUUUUGUCCGGUGAGAGGUGUUCACGAAUCGUGACCAUCUCACCAGCUUGGCAAUUCAUCCUUGGCUUUGUCACUUCGACAUUCUACAUCUCUCUCAUGGAAGUGGCAUUUUGUAGACCCUGUAAUGUAAUGGGGUCUAUUAGUAGUGUGUCUUUUCAUCAUGAAAUCGUUAAACUACAGUAAAUGGGAUUCUGUUCAAAUUUCAGAUCGAUGUAUCUGACCUAAACGAGAAGUUUGGUUAUUACUAGUCAGUUCUUAUGAUAGAUGUGACAAUUUCUUUGGAUCA